AUGAGCACCGCCGCUUUCCACAUCUCCAGCCUCCUGGAGAAGAUGACAUCCAGCGACAAGGAUUUCAGGUUCAUGGCUACCAGCGACCUGAUGUCGGAGCUGCAGAAGGACUCGAUCCAGCUGGAUGAGGACAGUGAGCGCAAGGUGGUGAAGAUGCUGCUCAAGCUUCUGGAGGACAAGAACGGGGAGGUGCAGAACCUGGCUGUCAAGUGCCUGGGUCCUCUGGUGGGCAAAGUGAAGGAGUACCAGGUGGAAACCAUUGUGGACACCCUCUGUGCCAACAUGCGGUCAGACAAGGAACAGCUCCGAGACAUCGCUGGCAUCGGCCUCAAGACGGUCCUCUCGGAGCUCCCCCCUGCCGCCACAGGCUCCAGCCUGGCCACCAACGUGUGCCGCAAAAUCACAGGCCAGCUCACCAGUGCCAUUGCCCAGCAGGAGGACGUGGCUUUGCAGCUGGAAGCCCUGGACAUUCUCUCUGACAUGCUGAGCAGGCUGGGCGCCCCACUGGGCGCCUUCCACGCCAGCCUCCUGCACUGCCUGCUGCCACAGCUGAGCAGCCCACGCCUGGCUGUGCGCAAGCGGGCUGUCGGGGCGCUCGGCCACCUGGCGGCAGCUUGCAGCACCGACCUCUUCAUCGAACUCGCCGACCACUUGCUGGACCAGCUGCCCGACUCUCAGGUGGCUCCCGCCAGCCCUGCCACAGUGCGCACCCUGAUCCAGUGUCUGGGCAGCGUAGGCCGCCUAGCUGGCCACCGCCUAGGCAGCCAUCUGAACCGCCUGGUGCCCCUGGUGGACAAGUUCUGCAGUGUGGAUGAUGACGAGCUCCGGGAGUCCUGCCUCCAGGCCUUGGAGGCCUUUCUGAGGAAGUGCCCCAAGGAGAUGGGCCCUCACGUGCCCACCGUCACCAACCUUUGCCUUCAGUACCUCAAGCAUGACCCAAACUAUAACUAUGACAGUGAUGGGGAUGAGGAGCAGAUGGAGAUUGAGGACAGCGAAUUCAGUGAGCAAGGUAACGAGGAGGAGUACAGUGAUGACGAUGACAUGAGCUGGAAGGUCCGCCGGGCAGCGGCCAAGUGCAUGGCAUCCUUGAUCAGUUCGAGGCCUGACCUGCUGGCAGACUUCCACUCCACACUGGCACCUGCGCUCAUUUGCCGCUUCAAGGAGCGUGAAGAGAAUGUCAAGGCUGAUGUGUUUGGGGCUUAUGCCACACUGCUGCGGCAAACACGGCCCCCAAAGGGGUGGCUGGAGGCCGUGGAUGAGCCCACCCAGAGAGCCAGCAUUCUCCACAUGCUGCGAGGACAGGUGCCACUUGUUAUUAAGGCCCUGAAGCAACAGCUCAAAGACCGGAGUGUGAGGACCCGCCAGGGUUGUCUCAGCCUCCUUGCUGAGCUGGACACUGUCCUCCCGGGCAGCCUGGCGGAGCACAUGGCCAUGCUGGUGUCAGGUAUUAUCUUCUCACUAGGCGAUCGCUCCAAUUCUUCUAGUAUCCGGAUGGACACGCUGGCCUUUCUGCAGGGGCUGCUGGGCACGGAGCCGCCUGAGGCCUUCCACGUGCACCUGCCCACCCUCUUCCCGCCCGUGCUGGCCUGCGUGGCCGACCCUUUCUAUAAGAUCGCAGCCGAGGCACUGCUAGUGCUGCAGGAGCUGGUCAGGGCCCUGUGGCCACUGGGCCAGUCUCGGAACCUGGACCCUCAGCCAUACAUUGCAGAGAUGUCAGCGGCUACCCUUGCACGACUCCGUGCUACUGACCUGGACCAGGAGGUGAAGGAGAAGGCCAUCUCCUGCACUGGUCACCUUGUGGCCCACCUGGGUGACCAGCUUGGGGACAAGCUGGAGCCUAUGUUACGGCUGCUGCUGGACCGUCUGCGUAACGAGAUCACCCGACUGCCUGCUGUCAAGGCACUGACGCUGGUGGCCAUGUCCCCGCUGCGGGUGGACCUGCAGCCCAUCCUGGCCGAGGCACUGCCCAUCCUGGCCUCAUUCCUGCGCAAGAACCAGAGGGCACUGCGGCUGGCCACGCUGGCAGCCCUGGAGGCCCUCGCCCAGAGCCAGGGCCUCAGCCUCCCACCACCCAUCAUCCAGGCCGUGCUGGCAGAGCUGCCUGCCCUCAUCAGCGAGAAUGACAUGCACGUGGCCCAACUGGCAGUGGACUUCCUCGCCACUGUGACCCAGGCCCAGCCGGCCUCCCUGGCCGAGGUCAGUGGCCCUGUGCUCUCAGAGCUCCUGCGGCUGCUCCGCUCACCCCUGCUGCCUGCGUGUGUGCUGGCCUCUGUUGAGGGCUUCCUGCAGGUGCUGGUGGGCACACGGCCUCCGUGCGUGGCCUACGCCAAGCUCAUAGACCUGCUGACCGCCCCUGUGUAUCAGCAGGAUGGGGAUGGCGGGCCAGGCCUGCACAAGCAGGUGUUUCACUCCCUGGCCCGCUGUGUCGCUGCCGUGGCAGCCGCCUGUCCCCAGGAGGCAGCAGGCACUGCAAGCCGCCUGGUCUGUGAUGCCCGGUCGCCAGACUCGAGUACAGGGGUCAAGGUGCUGGCAUUCUUUUCUCUGGCUGAGGUGGGCCAAGUGGCCGGACCAGGCCCACAGCGGGAGCUGAAAACAGUACUCCUGGAAGCCUUGGGGUCACCCAGCGAGGACGUGAGGGCAGCUGCCUCCUACGCCCUGGGCCGCGUGGGUGCUGGCAGCCUACCUGACUUUCUGCCCUUCCUUUUGGGGCAAAUGGAAUCAGAGCCGAAGCGCCAGUACCUGCUGCUGCACUCACUCAGGGAGGCCCUGGGGGCUGCCCAGCCUGACAGCCUGAAGCCCUAUGUGGAGGACAUCUGGGCUCUACUGUUUCAGCGCUGCGAAGGUGCUGAGGAGGGUGCCCGCAGCGUAGUGGCCGAGUGCAUUGGGAAGCUGGUACUGGUCAACCCCUCCUCCCUCCUGCCCCGCUUCCGGAAGCAGCUGGCUGCAGGCCAGCCGCAUACCCGGAGCACCGUCAUCACAGCUGUGAAGUUCCUCAUCACGGACCAGCCCCAUCCCAUCGACCCGCUUCUGAAGAGCUACAUCGGUGAGUUCAUGGAGAGCCUGCAGGACCCAGACCUGAAUGUACGCCGGGCCACACUGGCUUUCUUCAACUCGGCCGUACACAACAAGCCCUCACUCGUCCGGGAUCUGCUGGGUGACAUCUUGCCGCUUCUUUAUCAGGAGACAAAGGUCCGCCGGGACCUCAUCCGCGAGGUGGAGAUGGGGCCCUUUAAGCACGCUGUGGAUGAUGGGCUGGACGUGCGGAAGGCGGCCUUCGAGUGCAUGUACUCACUGCUGGAGAGCUGCCUGGACCAGCUAGACAUCUGCGAGUUCCUGAACCACGUGCAGGACGGGCUCAAGGACCACUACGACAUCCGGAUGUUGACCUUCAUCAUGCUUGCCCGGCUGGCUACCCUGUGUCCCGCCCCUGUCCUGCAGAGGGUCGAUCACCUCAUCGAGCCCCUCAGGGCCACCUGCACCACCAAGGUGAGCCCUUUGCACUGGUCAGGUACCUACAAUACCAACCACGGUCCCUGCAGAUUCAGCCGCCACUUCCCGGGCCCCUUCUGCUUCACAAAUGGUGUGUGA